AUGGAAAACGCAACGCGUAUUCAUAUUGCGUUGCGUUUCCCAUCAGCGCCACGAGAUUUGGAAAUAAUUCAAAUAAAUUCAUCAACAGUGAAAAUAAGUUGGGAAAAACCAUUCGAAGAAAAUGGCGAAAUUAUUGGUUACUAUAUUUAUAAGGAUAAAUUGUAUAACGGUGAACCGGUUAAUAAUAAAUUGCAACGAGCAAUUAUUUACGAUAAGCAGAAGACGCAUACGAUAAUAUCAGAUUUGGAACCAAAUACUGAAUAUUCAUUUCGAGUGAACGCAUUUAAUCGUUUUGGUGAUGGUGAAUUUAGUUCUACUAAAAAAAUUUUAACCUCUGGAUUGCCACCAUCAGAACCAAUAACACAGUCGGUGACGUUAACUAGAGAAGAACCACCAUUAAGUGCACGUCUUGAUUGGAAACCACCAAAAAUAACAUAUAAUUUGCCGAUAAAUAGAUAUAUAAUUUGGUACAAACCAUCAGAAAUACAAGAAUAUAAAAGAUUAGAAGUACCAUCGACACAGAAUUAUGUUGAACUGCAUAACUUAAUGAUGGGGAAAUUAUAUGAAAUAAAUGUAGCGGCUGAAAAUGAUGAUGGACUAAGUAUUAAUGCAACUGAAUUCUUGACGACACCAAUUGGAAUUCCAGAAUCUGAACCAACAAAUAUUCGCUAUGAAAUUAAUGGGGAACAGAUGACAAUAAGUUGGGAUGCACCGAAUAUUGCGCAGCAAAAUGGCAAUAUUACUUAUUAUCGAGCAAUUUUAACACCAGUCGAUUCGAUUAAUCAAAAUUUUGAAAAAAAUGUAACAAGUGGCAGAUCGGUCACCUAUGAUAUAAAUUCAAGAAAAGCAUAUAUAUUUAAAGUAGCUGCUGCAACAAUAAAAGGUCAAGGGCCAUUUUCAGCUCGCCUUAGGAUUGAUUCUAAUCCUAAUGGUUCGUUUUCAUUUCUUUCUCUUAAUUCUUCAGUUAAAGCUAAACUAAAAUAUCCCGUAUUUUAA